UCUUACAACUUCAUAUUUCAUUUUUCGUCAUUUGGAUUUUGGCAUUAUCAACCAGUUAGUUACCAAACAACAACAACAAAAAAACCACCCAGGAUUCAUGUUCCAUGGCUGGGGAAAGCAGCAGAGGAAAGAUUGAACCCGAGAAGCAAAGCCUUCUCAAUCAACACAAAGAAAGGCACUUCACAUCUGCAGAGAUAGUCCGUGACAUUAUCAUAGGUGUAUCCGAUGGUCUCACUGUGCCUUUUGCUCUUGUUGCUGGAUUGUCCGGUGCCAAUGCCACAUCUUCCAUUGUUCUCACUGCUGGCUUCGCUGAGGUUGCCGCUGGUGCCAUCUCCAUGGGACUCGGCGGUUAUCUGGCGGCUAAAAGUGAAGCCGAUCAUUAUGCAAGGGAGUUGAAAAGAGAGGAAGAAGAAAUAAUUAGCAUGCCUGAUACCGAGGCUGCGGAGGUGGCUGAAAUACUGGCGGUGUAUGGGAUAGAGCCACAUGAAUAUGAGCCUGUGGUGAAAGCUCUGAUGAAAAGGCCUCAGGCUUGGCUAGAUUUUAUGAUGAAGUUUGAGCUGGGAUUAGAGCAGCCGGAUCCAGGAAGAGCAUUACAGAGCGCAUUCACUAUUGCUAUUGCUUACAUAUUGGGUGGGUUGGUGCCACUUCUUCCUUACAUGUUCUUUCCAAAAGUUAGGGAUGCUGUGGCUGCAUCAGUGAUCAUAACCAUAGCGGCACUCCUGAUCUUUGGCUACGUCAAGGGUUACUUCACUGGCAACCAACCCGGAAAAAGUGCUGUCCAAACUGCUUUCAUUGGUGUCAUUGCAUCUGCUGCUGCUUUUGGCAUGGCUAAGGCUAUCCAUCCCUAGGCCCUACUACUAUUGUCCAAACUAUAUGGUUAUCUU